GUGAAUUGGUGCGAUGAAAACGUAGAAUUGUACUUGCUCCGAGAAUUUUCAUUUUUUGUAUAAAAGUUUAAAAAAAGAUCUUUAAAGGAGCCAAAAUGGGUGUUCCCUCAGCUAAAAAUUCUGAAGCUAUGGAUGUUGAAAUAAUUUUUGAAGGUCAAAAUGGUGAUGGGGAUGUAUAUGAUAAAAAAGAUGCUGAUUUACAAACAAUAUAUGACAUCCGUGAGCAUACUCGUCAAAUAGAAAAGGCUGUACAGAGCAAAGAACCUCGCUUUAUUUUGAGAGCUUUGCGUACAUUACCUAAUACACGUCGUAGAUUAAACUCAAAUGUUUUACGUGGAGUAAUUCUAAGUUUUUAUUCAAAGCCAUGUGUAGAACGUGAUGCAUUACUAUCAUGGUUAGAAGAACCUACUGAAUCUGAAGAAACACAAAAACUUCGUAUUUCUACCAUGAGCCCAUUACCUGAAAUUGAUGCUUACAUUCAUUUACUAGUUCUUGUGCGCUUAAUUGAUGCUGGAAAACAUGAAGAAGCUGUUCAAUGUUCCGAAGCAUUAUUGCAAAAAAUUAUUGCUCAAAAUAGACGUACAAUUGAUUUGAUUGCUGCUAAAUGUUAUUUCUAUUAUUCAAGAGCAUAUGAAUUAGUUGGAAGACUAGAUAAAAUUCGUGGAUUAUUACAUCUCAGAUUACGAACAGCAACUCUUAGAAAUGACUUUGAGGGUCAAGCAGUAUUAAUUAAUUGUUUAUUGCGAAAUUAUUUGCAUUAUAAUUUGUAUGAUCAAGCAGAUAAGCUUGUAUUAAAAUCAACUUUUCCAGAAUCUGCCAGCACUAAUGAAUGGGCUAGGUUUUUAUAUUAUUUGGGACGUAUUAAAGCUGCUAGAUUAGAAUAUUCUGCUGCACACAAGUAUUUGGUACAGGCUCUCAGAAAGGCUCCACAAAGCACUGCAGUAGGUUUUCGUCAGACAGUUCAAAAAUUAGCAGUAACGGUGGAGCUUCUACUUGGAGAUAUUCCGGAACGUCAAACUUUCAGACAAGCUGCAAUGCGUCGUGCAUUAGGUCCAUACUUUCAGCUGACUCAAGCUGUUCGAUUAGGAAAUCUUCAACGUUUUGGAGAAGUUCUAGAAAACUUUGGUCCACAGUUUAGAGCAGAUCACACAUUCACUUUAAUCCUCAGAUUGAGACAUAAUGUUAUUAAAACUGCAAUUAGAUCAAUUGGAUUAUCUUACUCAAGAAUUUCACCUGCAGACAUUGCAAAGAAACUUGGUUUGGAUUCUAGCGUUGAUGCAGAAUUUAUAGUUGCUAAAGCUAUAAGAGACGGUGUAAUUGAAGCUACCUUAGAACCUGAAAAUGGAUACAUGCGUAGCAAAGAAACUACAGAUAUUUAUUGUACUAAAGAACCAUUACUUGCGUUUCAUCAAAGAAUUACAUUUUGUUUAGAUUUGCACAAUCAAAGUGUUAAAGCCAUGAGAUAUCCUCCAAAAUCAUAUGGUAAAGAUCUUGAAUCGGCUGAAGAACGUCGAGAACGAGAACAACAAGAUUUAGAGCUUGCUAAGGAAAUGGCGGAAGAAGAUGAUGACGGAUUUCCUUAGAUUGUUCAUUUAUUCAAUAACAAUUAAUAAAGUGAUUUAUCAUGAAAAACUUUUCAUGUUUAAUAUCAGAUAAUAAGAAUUUUGUUUCAAUAC